AUGGAAAACGACACCGCCAUGGACGUGGAGAGCGAGCAGGAGUACGACAUCGACAAGAUCCGGUUGUUGCCCGGACUGGCGGAAGACGGCACCGCGCUGUCGUUCCAGAUUGUCGACGAGGACCACACCUUGGGCAACGCCUUGAGGUACAUCAUCAUGAAGAACCCCGAGGUGGAGUUUUGCGGCUACUCGAUUCCGCAUCCGCUGGAGAACAAGUUGAACGUGAGAAUCCAGACGUACGGCAACAUCACGGCGUUGGAGGCGUUGCACCAGGGCAUGGACAACUUGAGCGAGUUGUGUGGGCAUGUUGAGGAGGCUUUUACGGAGAAGGUGGAGGCCGGGGGGUAUGCCAGUGAGGAGCCCUAG